GAAAAAGGCGCGAACUUUAACUUGGAUCAGUCACGUGGCCAUAGCUACUCAGCACGUUAGUUCAUUUAGGUUUGUGUGGUACAACAGACGUGUAUUUCUUUCUUAUUAUGGACUCAUUUCCCAAGAAGAAAAAUAGCAUUUGAUGUGUUAUAACGUGCAAGAACCUCUGGUUAAAUGUAUCGCGCUAACGCGACGAUCUGUCCUGUGAAAUGAUAGUUUGGGCGAGUAUUGCUAAUUAUGGUGAGAUCUUUCUUUUCUGUACUUGCAGUGAGUAAUAACCAGGAGAGUUGUUCAUUGAAAUGACUUAAUUAUAAGUUGAUUUAUUACCAAGUUUUUAUGCAGUAUCAGUAUGUCUUCAGUAACAAGGAUAGUAGGUUGGUAGACACUUGUCAAUCAUUGUAGCAUAUUUACCAGAGAAAAUCCAACUUCUCCUUAAAAGUGUUCACUGGUUUGGCUGGUACUAGUUCCUAGGGUAAGGCCUUUCAGUCAUUUAACCACCUGGUGAGAAAAGCGCAACCCCACCUUGUGUUUUUCAGAUCACAGUUCCGAAUCUUCUUGCUAUGGCAUCAAAAAUAACUUGUUCCGAAAAGCGAAAAAAGAUUGGACUUGUUGGCACCGAGAUGAUUGAUAAUAUAGGAUGUCAAUAUAAAGUCAUUUCGAGUUCUACGAUUAGAGGAAAACCGUCGAACGUUUAGGCGUUCAUCGUUGGAUUUUGGAAAAACCGACUUCUGACCUUGUUCCCAAACGUUAAACACGCUCGAGUGUGUCGGUAUCGUUCGUAAGACAUGAAUCAAGUGGUUGGAUCCUGUAGUACAACGGUGGUUUUACUUUGAUGGUGUAAAUUCGUAAGACCUUGUCAAAGCAUUUGAGCGUCCAGGCAUCACUCACAUCCGGACUCUCUCAAUAAUGAUACUUCGUUGGAAGUUUACCGGAGCGAGGAACCUCGAUAAUUUGUAUGUUCAGCUUAUAUUGGUGCCCGCAAUUGUCUUUCCUCAAACCAUGUUUAUUUGUCACUUGUAUCUGCAAACUCUUUCACUUCGUUUGGUGUUCAAGGCGAUAGUACUACUUCGCAGGAAUCCUCCCAUGGUCUCAAUAAACAGGAGUCAGUAACUCGAUAGAGAAACUGGCAGCCAUCGUCAUACUUCGGUUAGAUCGCAAAUUAAGACCUUUCAGUUUCUCGUAUGGCUCCUUCAAACCGUAUAAGGGUCUAGGCACGUAGUUUUCCUGUUCAUUACAUUAUGUGAACAUCACUAGUGUUUAGUUCUGGUUUUUUGUGUCACAAGAUACUUACGUCUUUUUUCACAUCCUAUGUUUAUGUUUCAUCCUACAUACACUAGAUUUGGCUGUCGAUUUUACAACUUCUAGGGGUUUGACACGUCCCAUAUUCAUCUGCUGGAAAUAAUUCUUCAGGCGAUUCGUGAAUCUGUUCUCUAAUCAUGCCGAAACCACCGUUUAAAGUUGCCGACAUCAGUUUAGCGGAUUGGGGUAGAAAGGAAAUCAAGUUAGCAGAGAAUGAAAUGCCAGGGCUUAUUAUGAUGAGGCAAAUGUAUGGCAAAGAAAAGCCACUCACUGGAGCUAGGAUUGCUGGAUGUCUUCAUAUGACUGUUCAGACUGCAGUUUUAAUUGAAACAUUAGUCGAACUGGGAGCAUCGGUUCAAUGGUCAUCCUGCAACAUUUUUAGCACACAAGACCAUGCUGCUGCAGCCAUUGCAAAGACGGGCGUUCCAGUUUACGCGUGGAAAGGUGAGACCGAUGAGGAGUACACUUGGUGUAUAGAGCAAACUUUAAUAUUUCCUGAUGGUUUACCUUUAAACAUGGUGUUAGACGAUGGUGGUGAUCUUACAUCUCUUGUUCACGAGAAACAUCCUGAAUAUCUUGAAGGCAUAAGAGGCAUAACAGAGGAAACCACAACUGGUGUUCGGAAUCUUUAUAAGAUGUUUUCCAGUGGUCGACUAAAAUGUCCGGCCAUCAACGUUAACGACUCUGUUACUAAGAGCAAAUUCGACAAUCUCUAUGGUUGCCGUGAAUCGUUGGUUGAUGGAUUAAAAAGAGCCACUGACAUCAUGCUUGCAGGAAAGGUAGCAUUAGUCGCAGGUUAUGGAGAUGUUGGUAAAGGGUGUUCUCAAGCUCUUCGUUCUUAUGGCGCGCGUGUACUUAUAACAGAAGCCGAUCCAAUCAAUGCUUUACAGGCUGUUAUGGAGGGUUACGAAGUAACAACAAUGGAAGAUGGUGCGAAAAGAGCGAAGAUAUUUGUUACUGCCACUGGUUGUGUAGAUAUAAUUUCUGGUGAGCAUUUCUCAGAAAUGAUGGACGAUGCGAUUGUCUGUAAUAUUGGCCACUUUGAUACUGAAGUCGAUGUUAAGUGGCUCAAUGAAAAUUGUGUCAGUAAAGAAUCAAUCAAACCUCAAGUUGAUCGUUACACAUUAAAAAAUGGAAGACAUAUUAUUCUACUUGCAGAAGGUCGCCUAGUAAAUCUAGGCUGUGCUCAUGGUCAUCCUAGUUUCGUAAUGUCAAACUCUUUUACAAAUCAGGUACUAGCACAGAUUGAGCUAUGGACAAAACCCGAUCAGUAUCCAGUUGGCGUCCAUUUUCUCCCUAAAAAGUUGGAUGAAGCUGUUGCUGCCGCUCACUUGGAACAGUUAGGUGUCAAACUAACAAAAUUAACCAAAAAGCAAGCUGAUUAUCUGGGUGUACCAGUUGACGGACCAUUCAAGGCGGAACACUAUAGAUAUUAAAUUUAAGUUACUUGAUUUGUAAAAUAUGUCAAUUUUUAUGUAUCAUAAUCUAAUGAACUGUUAUUACUCUAAAAUACAGAUGCGUUGGAAAAAAGUAUUACUUGUUUAAAAUAGUAAAUCUCCUGAACACAUUAAGAACUUUGUUAAUUGUUUUAUGUGCAUGAAGGUUCACUUCGUAUGUCAG